AGAGCAAAGAUUUUCCAGCAGCUUCCCGAGUCUCUGCUCCCAUCUCCAUCCUCUCUUCAUCCCCUUCUCCUGUAACAUCUAAAGCUUAUCCUGUUUCUUUUUCUUCCGCUUGUUCCCGAACAGGAUGUGGCACUCUGUGGCUCUUCUCCUCUCUGGACUCUUCGCUUUGAUCAAUGUGUCGGUGCAGGGGCCUCACCAAAGGAACCUGCUAAAAAACCUCCUGAAGGACUACAACCGGAUGGAGCGGCCAGUGGGAAAUGAUUCCCAUCCUCUGAAGGUCUACUUUACUCUCAAUUUGAUACAGAUCAUGGAUGUGGAUGAGAAGAACCAGGUGUUAACCUCCAACAUGUGGCUUCAGAUGAGUUGGUACGAUCACUACCUGCAGUGGAACCAGAGCGAACACCCUGGGGUGAAAAAUCUUCGCUUCACCACCGAUCAGAUCUGGACUCCAGACAUUUUGCUCUAUAACAGUGCAGAUGAUGACUUCGACUCCACGUUUAAGACCAACGUCCUGGUGAACUCCAGUGGCUAUGCCAAGUAUCUGCCUCCAGGAAUCUUUAUGAGUACUUGCAACGUAGAUGUUCGCUGGUUCCCAUUCGACAUCCAAAAAUGUGAGUUAAAGUUUGGCUCCUGGACUUAUGACGGCUGGCUGCUGGACCUCCAGAUGAUUGAUGCAGACAUCUCAGGAUACAUGCCAAAUGGAGAGUGGGAUCUAGUCGGUGUUCCUGGAACCAGAAAUGAGCUUUUUUAUGAUUGCUGCCAGGAGCCUUACCCAGACGUGACGUUUGUGAUUACAAUUCGAAGACGGACGCUCUACUACGCCCUGAACCUGCUCAUCCCGUGUGUGCUGCUUUCUUCUAUGACCCUGCUGAUCUUCGUGUUACCAGCUGACUCUGGAGAAAAGAUCUCUCUGGGUAUCACCGUGCUGCUGUCUCUCACUGUUUUUAUGCUGCUGGUUGCUGAGAUAAUGCCCGCCACAUCUGACUCUGUCCCUCUCAUAGGUCAGUACUUUGCCAGCAUAAUGAUCAUCGUUGGGAUGUCAGUCGUUGCCACAGUGGUUGUUUUACAGUAUCAUCACCAUGAUCCAAACGGAGGAAACAUGCCAAAAUGGGUGCGGAUCGUUUUGUUGCAGUGGGUAGCCUGGUUCCUCAGGAUGAAGCGUCCAGGGGAGAACGACGAUCCAGAACGACCUCCCUGCGCCCCUCACCUGCGGCGAUGCUCCUCGGGAUCACAGAGCGGCAGCAUUCCAAACCCUCCCGAUCCAACCCUCCACCCCCUGCACCCACAGAAUCUGACACCUCUCCAGACGGGGCCCCUCCAUGCUGGACACCCUCAUCUGCAAACCAGUGCCAACAAUAACGGGAAUCUUCUCUAUAUGGGUUUCCAGAGCAUUGAGGAUUCUUCUGUGCUCUCAGAGCCCGUCCAGAGGAAUAACAUUUCUGUUGGACCUCCCCGGGUGGCAGGAAGUCCUCCUCCUCACCUUCCAUCUCAGUUCUGCAGCUCCCCCCCUCCUCCAACUCCAAACAUGGAUACAAUAGGGUGUCCCAGCACUGUCUCUAGUGGCGGAGGGUUUGGAGGGGGAGCAGGAGGGUGCUCGACGUCCGUGAUGGGAGACCCUCAGCUGCAGGCUAUCCUGGAGGAGGUGCGCUACAUGGCAGACCGCUUCAGAGAGCAGGAUGAGUCGGAGAGCAUGGCUGAUCAGUGGAAAUUCGCAGGUGCUGUGAUUGACCGCCUCUGUCUGGUGGCGUUUAGUGUUUUCAACAUCAUCUGCACCAUCUCCAUUCUCAUGUCGGCUCCUAACUUUGUGGAAGCUAUUUCUAAGGACUUUGUUUGAGGGGGGGGAAAAACAGGAAACAAAAGACACGAAUGAACAUUCUGAAGAAAAAUUAGCUACAGGAUAAAGAAUAGAUUGGGCUCUGAUCCAGGGAAACAUGAUUCAAGAAAACUGAUAAGCUCUGUGAUUUGUGAUUGCAAGGGUCUGGGGGAGCGGAAAGAAUCUAAUGGUUUUCUUGUAAUACAUCCUGUUUUGUUACCAAAAAAAAGAGAAUGCUGAAGAUGAAGGGAAUACAGAGUGGAGUUAAAAGGGAAUUAGACUGUGCUGGGUGCUUUAUCAGAUUCGUGACAAGGUGAGAACUGGCUUUCAUGACUGAUUUAAAGACCUUUGCUUAAAGUUAAAGAAAAAAAGGGGAGCCACUGCAACAAGAGGUAAUAAGGAGCUUUUUAGGGUAGAGUGAAGACAAGAGUAAAAGAAGAGACAGAUAGAUAGGCAGAGACAGAUAAAAGAGACAAAUAUGUAUGUUUUUUUUUUUCUCAGAUAGGGGAGACAGCCUCUUACUCCCACAGGUGGAGAAAAUACUGCAUCACUCAAAGUGAGUUGAAAAGAAAAGAGUGGGAGAGCUGCUUUUACAAGGACACAAAACAAAGAGCAGACACGAAGGACAGACUCUAUUCCCUGGGGACCCUGAGAGAGGUAGAGUUUUGGGAGGCUGCUUGAUGUUCAGAUGCACAAAUGAUGACCGAAGAUCAAGACUGUCGCAUUGCACAGGAACUUGGGAGGAUCUCAUCUAUUAUUCAAUCACAAUUCAUCUAAUGACAGUCAAAUUGAAAGGCUUGGGAUAAUCCUUCAGACUAACAAGCUUUUCCGAGACGAACUUCCAUCUCCGUGAGCCACUUUAAAUCUCAGACCUUAUCUCUGUCAGAGUAUUGCCAAUCAGGACGCUCUUCAGCAGCUCCUUUGCUCGUCCCGAUCUGGAAACUCGAAUUAGUCGGUCAUCAACAAUGCAACGGGCCGUCGCUGUGCCACCGUGGAGGCCAAUGAAAAUUCAUGCACCGGUUACCUAACUGCAUCUGGCAGGUUAUAAUGGACCAACGAAACUCAUCAGAUUUCAUCUUGAAGGUUUAAUAACCGACAGGAGAUCUUUAAAAGGGCACCAGAGGCAAGAGGAAGGGGAUGAGAUCACUGAAAAUACUAACGCUGAAGCAGAGGAGCAGGUUUUACUGGUUUACAGCAUCAUGAGGGAGGAACCUUUUUAAUUUUAUAUAAACUUUGAUUUAGAGAAUAUGAUGAUGCAAAUUAACACCGCAGCACCAUAUAGACACCAUAAAAGGCAAGUCCCUCUGGUGGCAGUUUGAGAGGUCAAAACCAACACUUCCUCUUUUGUUUUUCAAUCACGGGUCGACUUGCUAACAGCAUUUGGCUCCCUUCCCAUUGGCAAAAAAAGCUGGGUCUACCGCCACUGGCAGGCCGCAUGGCCUCUGUGCCCUGCCACUGGUGACACCAUCACACUGGGUUAGUGUCAAUGAUGUCACCAGUGCUACAGAAAUCAAGAAAGUAAACAAUGGAGAACAACAUGUAAGGAACCCAGGGUCAUAGUAAGUGUGCUUUAUUGUUUUGCUCUUUUAUCCUAAUCCCUCUCACCAGUGCUGGGUCAUGUUUACCAAAUGUUAAAAGUUGUUUGGCUGGUUAAUUCAAUUCAGUUUAUUUAUAUAGAGCCAAUUCACAAAACAUGUCGCCUCAAGGCUCUUUACAAGUCAACCUAAUCAUACAGUCAAAUUGAUUAAAAGUUUUCUAUUUAAGAAAAACAGUUGAUUGCAUCGACUCACUGACUCAAAGGCAAUCCCUCGCAUGCUUGUAGCGACAGGAGAGGAAAACUCCCUUUUAAUGGGAUAGCCUCCAGCAUACUGUAGUGUAAGCGGCAAUCUGCCGAGGCUGACUUGUGUUCAAGUUUUUAGAUCAGUACAACUUGCAUGGUUUGUUGACGUCUGUAAGUUG